AGCCUGUCGCACAUCAAGCCGUUUAUCUUGUAAAAUCCAGUCUUGAACGACAUGAUUCCCUCCCUGUUCCUCGGCGCCCUGAGCCUGGCUGCAGCCAGCCGCAGCGUGGAGUUGACAAACUCAAUGACCGCUUCCAAGGCUGUCGAGCUUGGUCUCAUCUCUGCAUUCGACAAUGACAAUGUGACCCACACUGAUUCCUUUGCGGAAGUUCAGCAGCACCUGCAGGAGGAGACUCAGGGGAAGUCAGCGAAAUGCCCAGAAGUACAGAUUUGCACGACAUCAGAUGGUGCAUGCGACCCUAAGAACCUGGUGGUGAUCACUUGCAUCAGUGCACACAAUCUUCCAAGCCAGUGGGGUGACAAGGUAGAUCCCUAUGUCAAGUUCUGGGUGGACAACAAGGACAACAAGGCCAGCACAGUCAGCUAUGACAACAACGAGAAUCCCAGUUACCACUUUGGCUGCCCCUUCAGCUAUGAAGGUGCCCUGAAUUUCGAUGGAAAAGUCAUGGACGAUGACUUGGGUGGGGAUGAUCUGGUCGGAGAAUUUGCCGCUGGUGGGUCCAUCAACAUGGACGCCGCGUUCUUUGACGGGGCAGACACCAACGGCGACGGAGUCUUCGAGAUUGUGGUCAACCUCUUCAAGAACGGUUCCCCAGUGGGUGGCAGCUCGGGCCAGAGCACGGUGCGGUUCAAGUUCCAGCUCAUCAAGGCGGAGGGCUACCAACUGAGGCGCCGCUGAGCUUGGCCGAUGCAGCGGGGCUGAGCAAAAAACGGCCGUUACGGCUGAAGCGCCUAUGAGGAGGAAA